AUGACCCUUGUACACAGUCAAUCCGUUAAAAAUCAGAUUUCACUUCGCUUUAAAAAUAUAACAUUAUUAUUGGAUAAUCCUGAGUUUGACCUUCAGAAACCGACAGUGUUUUAUAUUCACGGUUACGUAGAAAUUGCCAGUGAUGCGAGCGUUUUGUGCGUGAUGGACGCUUAUGUCAAACGCGGUGAUUACAAUAUAUUGGUGCUGGACUGGGCGAACCUUGCGUUUGGAAAUUAUUUGAAUGUUGUGGUUAAUAUUAAAAAGGUCGGAAAAGAGUCAGGAAAAGCUUUGGGUAAGUUGCUGAAGAACGGUUUGUCUGUCGAGGGCUUACAUUUAGUUGGGCAUUCCGCUGGCGCCCAUGUAGCGGCUGUUGUAGCGAGAGUUUUGAAGAAAAAUAAUUUCACAGUUCCUAGAUUGACUGGUCUAGACCCUGCGUAUCCAGGAUUUUAUCCAGCGAUCGAUACGCCUCCCAUCGGUUCCAAAGAUGCAGUUUUUGUAGACAUCAUUCACACAGAUAGUGGCAAGUACGGGACUCCGUUCAGCACCGGACACGCGGAUUUCUGGCCUAAUGAUGGCAAAUCCACGCAGCCAGGAUGCCCGCCUGUCACUCUUAUUUUAACGAAUGAAAAUUUCUGCAGUCACUGGCGUUCAUGGCAGUACUGGGCGGAGUCGGUAACCGGUGGCAGCUUCGUGGCGAGAAAGUGCACUAAUUACAAUGCCUUUUUAAAAGGGAACUGUAGUGAAACAGCUCACAUGGGUCUUCUCGCUAAGCCGGAAUUACGUGGCAAUUUCUACUUACGUACAGCAGCGAAUGAACCUUUCGCUUUAGGCGAGACAGGAUUUAUAUGAAAAAAAAAAUAGAAUUU